AUGGAGGAACAGAACACCUUCAUGGACGACGACUGGGCGUCGCUUUUAAUGGAUUCAUCAACCGUGCCUCUCGCGGACAUCGAUAUUUCAGCUUUCGCCAACCUUUCAAACGAUAUGCUAGACCCGUUCCGCGACGACACUACCGUACCGCAGGACGGAGCAGGAGCAGCAGUCGACGUGGAACUCGGAAACCGGCCGUUCAACGAAGCGUUUCCGUUAAACACAACCGACGCGCUUUUCUGCGAUGAAGGUGGCGAUAUUCGCGCAGCCGGCGGGACGAUGCUAGUCGAUACGCCUCCUAGCGGCCGGUCGUCACCGGAACCGUUAGCUUCCGUGGACGAUCACGGCCUGCCGUAUCUGGUGCAAGGAGGUAGCCAUGGCGCCGACGGCAGCAGCGACGGCGACUGCGCCAGUGGUGACUGUAGAAGUGGUGAUUGUGGGAGCGGUGGCUGUAAGGAAGGGAGCAGCCAGAUUGGGAGUCCGUGGCAUCAGUCUAGUCACAUGUCAGCACAUCCGUUCGAUGCUGCUGUUGCUGCUGCUGCUCCGUCGUGUGCCGCUAUCCCUCCGUCGAAUAUGAACGGGGUGUCAAGCACUGGCGGAUUAUACGCCGGGAUCCUUCCGUCGUCUCAGUUUCCUAAGAGUACGGUGAAGCAGGAGGCGGGUUCUUGUCCGCAGCAGUACGUGGCGGCCCCAUUCGCUAUGCAAAGUGUUUCAGUACAGGGUGUGCCUUUUCCGGGGUCUGAUGCUGCCACGUGUACGGUUGUAAAUGGCGGCCUUUCCCCUGGAAACGCAGCUUCCGGUGCUGAGAACGCUGUAAAGGAGUGUGACAGCGGGGGAGCAGAGGCGCGAGGGUCGGUUGCUGGCGGCGGGAGUGGCGCUGCCGUUACGGCGGAAGAUGCGGGCAGCGAGCCGAGUGAGGGGGAUGCGGGCGGGGAGGGCGGGGAGGGCGGGGAGGGGGAGGGGGAAGGGGAGGGGGAGGGGAGGGAUCCGGAGACGGAGAAGCGGGAGGCGAGGCUGAUCAGAAAUCGGGAGAGCGCGCAACUGUCGCGGCAACGGAAGAAGUACUACAUGGAUGAGCUAGAGGCGCAGAUCCGCACCAUGUCGGCGGCGGUGGCGGAGCUCAACUCCGCCGUCGCGCAUCUUACCGCGGAGAACCUGAAGAACGUGAGCCGACCGGAAUCCGCGCGGAAGAAGAAAGGCGCGCCUGGCGGGAGUGGCGCGAAGGCGGGCGGUGGCGGUGGGGAGAAGGACAGGGGCGCGAAGAAGCAGAAAAAGGAAGGGGAUGCGCAUGCACCCGCACUCGCACUCGCCAUGUUCGGUUUCCUCCUCAUCCUUUGCCCCUUCCUGCCGCCCAGCGGCGAACUGACACGUGGCAUGGCGCCGGCGUAUCCAGGCUGGCAGGGCAGCGUGAUGAGCUGGCAGGGUAACGGGGGCGGCAUUUGGGGGCAAGUGACCGGGGCCUGGCGCGACGGAUGGCGUUGGUGGGGCGGUGGCGCGCAGAGGAGCGAGGGGAGGGGAGGGGUUCCGCAGGGGGAAGAGUGGGGAGGAGGGUUGGGAGGGGGUGGGUCGUUGAGGCCUGGAGGACGGGUGCUGCUAGGUGUAGGGGAGGAGGAGGAGGGUGGGGAGGGCCGGAGGCAUGCUGUGGGAGGGGACGGACUGGGCGUGUGGUGGAGGGGCAGGAGGAAUGGCAGCAUGAGCGGUUCGGUAGCACAGCAGCAGCACGGUCGUGCUUUGCACUCGUCUUCUCUGCACGCGUCUGCUCUGCAUUCCUCUUCUCUUGAUGCGUCUGCUUUGAACCCAGUAUGGAGGCACAGGGUGGUGACAGGCGCUCGGGUGGAGAAGCACGCGGCGGACAGGCAGCAGCAGCGGUUCCCCGCCUUUGCAGCGGUGUCACGAGGCCAGGUGCCCAACCUCACAGCAGGCAGGGCCUCACCAGAUAAGUCUAGGGAAGGCAGGGCGGCAGCAGAGAGAGUGAGAGCGGCAGGCAAGGCCCUUGUGCCGUGGCGCCAGUGGUCACCUGUGAGCGCGCUCAGAAGCCAGUGGUCACCUGUGAGCGCGCUCAGAAGCCAGUCAGCAGGCGCUGGGCGAGAUGGGAGAGGUGGCAGCGGUGGUAGUGGUGGCAGUGCCCGUCACUCGGGAAGCGGCAUUGGUGGCACUUAUGGUCCGAGGGUCAGUGGUAGUGGCAGUGGUGGCAGCAGUGGCAGUGCCUCUGUGGGGCUGAGAGCUGGGAUUGGUGGUGGUGGUGGUCGGGUGGCGGGUGCACUACCAGGAGCAGCAGCAGUGGAGGGUUCGUUGCCGUGGGAUCAGCAGCACUGGCAGCAGUGGCUGCUGCAGCACAGCUCAGGCCCUCUGUUCCAGUCGCAUACAUGCACGGAGCUUUUCCGGUUUGACUCCCAGCCAACCCAAGCGGCGCAGGAGGGAGAGGCGCAGGACGAGGCAGGAGAGGCAACGACACAUGCAGGGGCCAGCAGCGUCAGCAGCAAGAUGAACUCGUCUGGUGGCUGUGUGGGCAGCAGCCGUGCAAACUCCAGUGCUACAGACAGAAGCAGAGGCAGUGGGAGCCACAUUCCGGGUUCGUCGCCUCUCAACUCCGCCACAGCUACCAGCGGCAGCAGCAGCAGUAGGCUCACUGAGAAGGUCGGCAAAGAGUCAUUCCCGCCUGUGCCUGUGCCUGUGCUGUCUCGCCGCAUGUUCCUGCGGAGGCGGUAUUUGAACGAGCUGCCGGCAUCGAAGCAAGCCAUCCCUCUUCCCGACUCCAACCAGGCCAUUCCCCUCCUUCCUCCCACUGACGACACCGAUGCGGUUGUGAAUCAAGGAGAGAGGCACAGCAGCACCAGCAGCACGAGGAGUGUUGAUGUGAGCAGCAGCUUGAAACACAACGCAACUACUGAGGGGAGUCCGAUUCGGUCGGUCCCGGCUGCAGUGCCUGGUCAGCCGCAGCAGAGUGGGUUUCGCCAGCAAGGCGCGUUCACACAGCCUGAACCGGUCGUAGUGUCGAUUCUUUCGGGCUUUGAUGCGAGCAGCGUGGAAAGGUUUUUCCAGAGUGGGACAAGGGGAUUCGCUGCAGGGUUUGCGGGGGCGGAUGGGGGUGUGGGGUCAGAGCGAGUGAAUGCAGGACAGAUGGGUAAAGGUGGGGCGGAGGAGGAGGAGGUGAGGGGAGGGAUGGGUGGAAGUGUUGUGGUGAUGGUGACUAGUGGGGGAAAGAGCGUGGCGUAUGCUUGUGCUUUAGGUGGCUCUAAAGGGAGGAGCAAGGACUUUGUCGACAUCGUUCUGUCCAAAACGCAGCGCGGCACGCCGACGGUGAUCCACAAGGGCAGCGCCGUUAACAGAAUCCGUCAGUUUUACAUGCGCAAGGUCAAGUUUACGCAGCAGACGUUUCACGACAAACUCACGACGAUUCUCGACGACUUCCCGCGGCUCGAGGAGAUCCAUCCGUUCUAUGGCGACCUCCUUAACGUCCUCUACGAUAAGGACCAUUACAAACUCGCGCUUGGACAGGUGAACGUGGCGCGCGGAAUCAUCGACCGCAUCACCAAGGAGUACGUGCGCCUGCUCAAGUACGGCGACUCGCUGUACCGUUGCAAGCAGCUCAAGCGCGCCGCUCUCGGUCGCAUGUGCACGCUCAUGCGCAAGCAGGGCCCGUCGCUCGCGUACCUCGAGCAGGUGCGGCAGCACAUGUCGCGUCUUCCGUCCAUCGAUCCCAACCCAACACGCGCACGAUCCUGGUUGUGCGGGUAUCCGAACGUGCGGCAGCACAUGUCGCGUCUCCCAUCGAUUGAUCCCAACACGCGCACCAUCCUGGUGUGCGGGUAUCCGAACGUGGGCAAGAGCUCGUUCGUGAACAAGGUGACGCGCGCUGACGUGGAGGUGCAGCCGUACGCCUUCACCACCAAGUCGCUCUUCGUUGGGCACACGGAUUACAAAUAUUUGCGCUGGCAGGUGAUCGACACCCCCGGUAUCCUGGACCAUCCACUGGAGGAGCGCAACACCAUUGAGAUGCUCGCCGUGACGGCUCUGGCGCAUCUGAGGGCGGCCGUGCUGUUUGUGGUGGACGCGUCUGGCAGCUGCGGGUACACUCUGGAGCAGCAGGCAGCGCUGUUCAACUCCAUUAAGCCCCUCUUCCUGAACAAGCCGCUGAUGGUGGUGUGCAACAAGGUGGACCUACAGCCGCUGGAAACGCUCUCGGAAGCCGACAGGAAGGUUCUGCACGACAUGGCGGCUGAAGCCGCCCGGUGCGGCGGCCCCGGCAUCGCUCCUCCUCUCACUGCUGAGGGCGGCGAGGGGGCGAUGGAGGCGGUGAUGGGCGACGGUGAUGGCGCGGGGUGCCUGCUCACCAUGAGCACCAUGACUGAUGUUAACGUCGCUGCUGUUAAGAACGCCGCGUGUGAACGGCUGCUGCAGAUGCGCGUUGAAGCCAAGAUGCGCAGCAAGAGGGUGGAGGAUGUAGCAAACCGAAUCCACGUGGCCAUGCCUCGCCCGCGAGACAGCAAGCCGCGCCCACCGGUCAUCCCGCAGGCGGUUCUCGACCGGCAGGCCAAGGGCGUCAAGCCGUCCGAGGGGCGCAAGCUGGAGAAGGAUUAUCAGGAGGAGCUGGGCGGCGCGGGCGCCUACGUGGCGGACCACACGCGGCCGUACCUGUUGGGCGACGACACGUGGCGGCACGACGUGGUGCCGGAGAUCAUGGACGGGAAGAACAUCGCUGACUUCGUGGAUGCGGAUAUUCUGGCGCGGCUGGAGGAGCUGGAGCGGGAGGAGUGGGAGAUGGAGCAGCAGGCGGAGGGGGUCGGCGAGGGCGAGUGGGGCGAAGCGAUGGAUGAUGAAGAGGACCUCGCUCCGGAGGAGGCCGAGGCGCUGGCGGCUAUCAGGUGGGUGUGGCUGGGUGCUGGGGUCGGCUUAUCACGUUUUAAGAGGUCUCAAAGCGUGUCGUCUGUUCCCUCCCCCCCCCUCCCCCCCCUCCGCUCCCCCACUCCCUUCCCCCCGCCCCUCCUCCCAAACACCAGGCUGAAAAAGAAGCGUCUGAUAACGCAUCGUCAUCGCCAGCGCAGCGUGACGGACUCGCGACCAAUCCUGCCGCGCCACGCGGACACGGGGCGGCAGUUCACAGCGGAGCGCAUGCGGCAGGAGCUCUCCUCCAUCGGCCUCGACCCCUCCGCUGCCCUCGCGCGCAUCAAGGCCGGCAAGACGGGAGAAGGCGGGGAUGUGAGUGGCGGCGGAACGGUGGCUAAGGGGAGGAAGAGGAGCAGGUCCAUGGCGCGAGACGGGAUGGAGGUGGAUGGGGAGGAGGGGAGGGGGAGGCGCGGGGUUUCCCGGGGCCGGGAAGGGAAGCGGGAGGGGAGGGAAGGGAGGGAGGAAGGGGAGGAGGGGAUGGAGUUGGAUGAAGGGAACGAGGAGAGGCUGAGGAAGAGAAUCCGGCACAUGUCGCGGUCUCGGUCGCAGUCGCUGGGGAGGAUAGGCGGGACGGCGUCGGCGCUGGCUGCGGAGGCGGUGCCUGGGGAGGGGUUCAGAGACACGGAGCAGAAGGUGGGCGCGAUUCAGCUGGCGCGGAAGCAUGCGAAGAAGCGGAACGUGCAGAGCAGGAAGGGCGAGGCGGACCGCACGAUUGUGAACGUGAGGCCCAAGCACCUGUUCGCGGGGAAGAGAGGCAUUGGGAAGACCGACCGGCGGUAG